AUGUGCAAUGAAGAGGAGGCUAAAGGAAUGUCACGAUUAGACGACUUGGCUGAACUUAAUUUGGUGGAUGAAUAUGCAGAUGAUAUGGAAACCAUUCUUACCAGUGGCAAUAUAACGUUAAAAAUUGAUGUCGAUCCCAAAACGCCAGUACCGUUUCAUACGGAAAUAUUUAAAUGGGAACGUGGUACUUGGGUGAAUUCAAUUUUUUCUCUUUAUCGACCAGAUCUGUGUGCCUGCCUUUUUUCACCUACUGAAAUUUGGUAUGAGCUUGCAAAGCAAUUGCCUCCAAAGGAUCGUACAUGUCCCCCACCAAAGGGUCAUGUAUUCCAACUGCAAAAUUUUUCAAAUCGUAUAGAAUUGCCCAAUAUGAGUCUGCUUGGCGAUUUCUCGGGCAAAUACAAGAGCAUUGUUCACUUCAAAAUUGCCAAUUACACAUUGUGCACAUCAUGUACAGUUGAUGUAUGGAAAUCUUAA